AUGAGCUCCUACCUCGACUACGUGUCGUGCGGCCGGGACGGCGGCGACUUGCUGAGCUUUGCGCCCAAGUUCUGCCGCGCCGACUCCCGGCCCGUGGUCCUGCAGCCCGCCUUCCCCCUGGGCAGCGGCGACGGCGCGUUCGUUAGCUGCCUGCCCCUGGCCGCGGCCCGAGCGGUGCCCUCGCCCCCGGCCGCCCCGGCGCAGCCUCCGGGGCCUCCCCCGGCCGCGCCCGCGUACGCGCCGUGCCCCCUAGAGGGGGCCUACGAGCCAGGCGCCGCACCUGCCCAGGCGGGGGGCGCGGACUACGGCCUCCCGGGGUCCGCGCCCGCGUACGAUUUACCGUGCGCGCUCGGGCGGCCGGCAGACGACAGCGGGGCGCACGUCCACUACGCCACCUCGGCCGUCUUCUCUGGCGGCGGCUCCUUUCUCCUCAGUGGCCAGGUGGAUUACGCGGCCUUCGGCGAGCCGGGCCCCUUCUCGGCGUGUCUCAAAGAGCCGACCGACGGCCACUCUGGGGCCUUCCAGACCGCGUCCCCGGCUCCCGGCGUCUACCCCAAGUGUGCGUCCCCAGCCUCUGGCCUCCCCGCCGCCUUCAGCACGUUCGAGUGGAUGAAAGUGAAGAGGAACGCCCCGAAGAAAAGCAAAUUCGCGGAGUAUGGAGCCUCCACCCCCUCCAGCGCGAUCCGCACCAAUUUCAGCACCAAGCAACUGACAGAACUGGAGAAGGAGUUUCAUUUCAAUAAGUACUUAACUCGGGCCCGACGCAUCGAGAUAGCCAACUCAUUGCAACUGAAUGACACGCAAGUCAAAAUCUGGUUCCAGAACCGCAGGAUGAAACAGAAGAAAAGGGAACGGGAAGGGCUUCUGCCCUCGGCCACCCUCGUGGCUUCCUUCCAGCUUCCCCUCUCAGGAACGAGCCCUGCCAAGUCUGGCAAGAACCCGGGGAGCCCCUCUCAGGCCCAGGAACCAUCCUGA